AUGUUGUAUCUUAUAGGUCUAGGGCUUUCACAUGAGUCUGAUAUAACUGUACGAGGCCUUGAAACUGUUAAGAAAUGUUCACGCGUCUAUUUGGAAGCAUACACUUCCAUUCUUAUGGCAGCUAAUCAAGAAACACUUGAGUCUUAUUAUGGAAGGGAAAUCAUUCUUGCUGAUCGUGAAUUAGUUGAAAGUGGCAGUGACGAAAUCUUGAAGGAUGCGGAUACAGAAGAUAUUGCAUUCUUAGUUGUUGGUGACCCAUUCGGGGCCACCACUCAUACCGACUUGGUCUUACGAGCACGAGAAUUGGGGAUCAAAGUAGAAACAAUUCACAAUGCGUCAAUCAUGAAUGCUGUUGGUGCAUGUGGACUCCAAUUGUAUCAAUUUGGACAAACUAUUUCAUUGGUGUUUUUCACUGAUUCUUGGAAACCUGAUUCUUUUUAUAACAAGAUUAUGGAAAAUCGGAAAAUUGGAUUGCAUACGUUGAUCUUAUUAGAUAUUAAAGUUAAAGAACAAAGUAUCGAGAAUAUGGCUAGAGGAAGAUUGAUUUAUGAGCCACCUAGAUACAUGGACAUUGCCACUGCUGCAAGUCAAUUGAUUGAAAUCGAGGAAAUGAGACUGGAACAAGCAUACACGGAAAAUACUCCAUGUGUGGCCAUACUGAGAUUAGGUGCACCAACACAAUCCUUCAAGGCUGGCACAUUGAAAGAGUUGAGUGAAUACGAUUCUGGUGAGCCAUUACAUACUAUGGUGAUGUUGGGUAGACAGGUACACGACUUGGAAUUGGAAUAUUUAUACCAAUUUGUUGACGAUAAAGUUCAAUUCAAAGCUGCUGUGGAAAAAGACCAAGAGUAUUUCAAACCACCUCCGUACGCACCACCAGAAGAAGAUUUGAGUGACUAA